UAAUUAUACAAAUAUAAUUGGUAGAAAAUAUAGUGUUUAUUUAAAUUUUGUAUUUGUAUCAGAUUUUGCCAUUAUUAUAAAACUGUUUAACUGUCAUUAAGUAUAAUUUAUCAUUGACAUAAUUGUCAAAAAACAUUAAGUAGAUAUUUUAUCAAAAUUUGGAGCAUUUCCGUUGCUCAUUAUUGAUGGCGAACUAAAUAGAUCCUAUUUAAUAAAUAAUAUUAAUUUUUUGUUAAUAUAUAUUUUUUUAUAUUCUGUAUGUCUCCAUUCUUUUUUUUUUAAUAUUUACUAGUAGAUUUCUGUAAAGUUUGAUCAGAACGUUUUUUUAUUAUGAAAUAUGUCAUAGUGAUAGUUAUUAUGUUAAAUUGGAUCUGAUUUUAAAGUGGCUAAAUUUCCGUAAAAAUGUUUCCAACAAUAAGUAUAUUCAAUAUGAAACUCCAGAAAAAUUCAGGCACCGAAAUAUGGUCGAGGACCCCGUCCAAGGUAAUGGAGCGCUACGAGAAAAUCACCAAAAUGGGUGAGGGCAGCUACGGCGUCGUUUACAAGUGCAAGAACAGAGACACCGGGGAAGUUGUCGCAAUUAAGAAGUUUUCAGAGGGCGAGGACGAUCCUCUCAUUAGAAAAAUAGCACUUCGAGAAAUAAGACUUUUAAAGAAUUUGAAACACCCAAACCUGGUGAAUUUGAUCGAGGUGUUUCGACGAAAGAGGCGCCUUCAUUUGGUGUUCGAAUUCUGUGAAAAAACAGUAUUAAACGAAUUGGAACGUUAUCCACGUGGCUGUCCGGAAAUCCUCACCCAGCAGAUUAUCUGGCAGACCUUGCAGGCGGUCGCCUAUUGUCAUAAGCACGGCUGUAUCCAUCGUGAUAUUAAGCCGGAGAAUAUUUUGCUCACAUCGAAUGGAGUUGUGAAGCUUUGCGAUUUUGGUUUCGCUCGGAUGAUGAAUCCCGGCGAAAACUAUACGGAUUACGUGGCAACUAGAUGGUACAGGGCACCGGAGCUUUUAGUGGGUGACAAUCAGUACGGGCCACCAGUGGAUAUAUGGGCUAUAGGUUGUGUUCUUGCUGAGCUGGUGAAGGGUGAAGCCUUAUGGCCUGGGAAAUCUGAUGUGGACCAAUUAUAUUUAAUCAGAAGUACCAUAGGAGACCUUUUACCCAGACACAUGCAGUUUUAUAAGAAAAAUGAAUUUUUCAAGGGAAUUAUUCUCCCAGUUCCUAUGCAAAUAAUCCCUUUGCAAGCCAAAUUACCUAUGUGCAGUAGUACUACUAUAGAUUUUUUAGAGAAAUGCUUGGAUAAGAAUCCGUCCAGCAGGUGGAGUUGCGAAGAGCUAAUUAUGCAUCCCUAUUUUCAAAACUUUAAGUUUAAAGUUGACGAAAGUGAAAUUUCACCUGAAAAACUGUCAAGAGAUAGAUCUAGAAAUUCAUCUAAUGGUAUGUCGUUGCCAUUUUUAUUGACUGCGUCGAUUAAAAACCAAAGUCCAUAUAAAUCAAAUAACUCAAAUACUAAUUCGCAGCCGCGUUCCACCGUAGACCAUUUGCCUACUAUAUGACAAAAAUUCUCCUUAUUUAAAUGAUUAAUUCUCAGCUAAAUGUAUAUACAAUAUUUUUGUAAUAAAUCUUGUUUUAUUUUUAAAAUGUUAUGUUUAAUAAAAUAGGAUAAUUAU